CUGGGAUGCUGCGAAAGACCAUUCUGCCCUCAGAGACCGGAGCUUUGAGGAAUUCCAUGAUUACGCACUUGAAUUGCUCACAACCAUGCCUCCCAUCCUUCUGCAGGCUAUCCUUGAAUGUGGAGUCGAGCGCUGGAGGCAUAUCGAUCCACCACUCGCGAGUGUGCUGGCUCAGAACGAAGCUCAAGGCAAGAAACCAGGCAUAUACGUCCUGGAUUUCUCCGACAGGUUCGGCCGCUCGCCGACAGUUGAGCAUAUGCAUCGGAUCCUGGACGCUGUUAACCGAUAUCUUGAUACGAAGAACGCUGAUUCCGCUGCGGUGAAAGAAGCUGUUCGUAUCGAUGAGGUCAAGGCGAAACUGACUCCGGUUGAGGUAAAGCUUGCCCGAGAGGGGGCACGUCGGUAUCUAACUAUCGCCAACCCUAAGGCAAUCAAGACGUUGGUGACGACUCUAAGGGGUCACACCAAACAUCUUGCGCCUACUCAACGGCUACCCUUCGUCCUGAGGGAUGUUGGCUAUGCCCUUGACUGUGCGAAACGCCUCGACAACCACUUUGAGCAUACGAACUCUAAUCUGGUAAUGGGUCUCUUCGAGAUUGUCACGAAGUCGGACUCUACUCUUUGUGAUUUGUGUAUGAUGCACGGCAACAGUGUUUGUCUGUGUUUCGACCUCCCGGAUGCGGCAGUUGGAGAGAUAACUAUCUCCGUCCUUGCGCAGGCUUACGUCGAGACCGGAAAGGGAUUCAACGGUGUUGAAGCUGGUCGCUCAAUUGAAUCGAACUCUCAGCCAAAGGUCCGUGAAUGGCUAGCAUGGCAACAUGCCGCCCUCUGCACGGGUCCAUUUCGACAGAAUGUUCAGAGCGGGAAGCAACGCAUUGCGGCCUACCGUACGCGGUGGGAGAGCCUUGCCUCGUAG